GCGGAGCAGAGCUACCACAACCUCCCGUCGGCGCGCACCGAUGAGCAGGCCAUGCUGUCCUCCAUCCUCGCCAAAACGGCCAUCAACAUCAUCGACGUGUCGGCAGCGGAUUCCCAGGGCAUGGGGCAGCAUGAGUACAUGGACAGAGCCAGGCAGUACAGCACACGCCUGGCCAUGCUGAGCAACAACCUGACGCACUGGAAGAAGCUCCCGCUGCUGCCGUCUCUGACCAACCAGCCGCACCAAGUGCUCGCCAGUGACCCCGUCCCCUUCGCAGACCUGCAGCAGGUUGGAUCUUGGGAAUGGCCGCAGGUCCCACUCGGAGGAUGGGUUUGCCUGCUGCGCGCCCUCUCACAGAUCCGCGUCGACGCCAAAGAAGAACUGGUUGUACAGUUUGGCAUCCCCUGA